UCCGGCAAACAAAUGCAUCAACAAUGUGUUUCUUAAUCUUAAACAAAGAAACAAAUGAGUUCCUUAUUACUAUAUUUUUAAACCAGAACUAAUUUUACUAAUCUGUGAGUUGAUUAAUCGAAUAAAAUGUCUUAUCAAUUAAAUAGUUUAUAUAAUAGUUAGAUAUGCUAUCUUCAUUUUGACAUGAAAUUCAAUAGUAGCCUGUUGUAAUAUGAUUAAAAGCUCAAGCUGAAAUGUGGAGUGUAUUUUCUACCUGUCUACUUAAAGAUAAUUUUGGCAAUGUUGAUGAAUAAAUUUGCAUGAUAAUAAAGAAAAAAAAGUAUUAAUGACUGAAACUGAGUUCCAUUAUCUCAGCCAGAUAAUACACUUCCUUCGUGGCAGUGUGAAAUUCACGAAAACAGGGUUCCAGUUUUCUUGCAAGUUUUGGUAAGAAAUGAAUAUCUGUCUAGUCUUACCUUCUCUUAACUUUCAAAUGCACCCAUUCUGACAGGUAUUUUUUACUUUUUUUACUUUCCCGUUUAUUUACUUACAGUAAUUAAAACGUUAAUCAUUUUUUUAUAAACUACUAAAGGGUGUUUACAGGCAAGAAAUAAAUCUCUGACUUUCCCAGGUUUUCCCGGGCCAAAAUAAUUUAAAUUCUCUGACUUUCUACAUAGACCAUUUGAUUGCUUAGAAAUAAAAUUUAAACAUUUUUUACAUCAAUUUUACUGCAAAUGACGAAGAUAUGUAAAGUAGUAUUGUUCAAGUAUCGAUAAUUCAAUUGGUCUGUUUGGAGUGUGACUCAGAGUCGAUCUCAAGAUUUUUCAAAUUUCUAAUCUUUUUCAUAAAAUUCUGUGACUUUUCCCUGAUUUUACUGACCCUAUGGAAGUCCCUACCGAUUCCUGGUUUUCCAGACCUAUAGACAACCUACUACUUUCUCCCUCAAAACUAAGACAUGUCAUUCAUAUGUUUAAUUAUUCUUCUCUAUUUAUUUUUUUCUUUUUGCAGAAAAAAGGAUAUAUGCUUUGAUACAUGCUCACAUAAAAAAACUCGGUUUGAAUGCUAAGUGCUGUUGACUGCACUUCAGAGAUCAAAACAAUACAGAAAGACCAAGGUAACGUAAUAACUUUCAAAAUAACAUUAGUCCUGUUUCAAAUCAAAUAGAAAAGCAAGAGCAUGUAGCACAAGUGAGAAUACAAACAAUAUUAUUGCUGCAUUUUUCACUUGACAAACAUAUACCAAAAGACAAGUAUAUGAAUGGGAUUGGAUACUGAUGUAGAAGUAGCAAAAAAUCACCGCCACGUUUUUGUCACCUGAUAUUAUUUUAAACCUGGAAGAAUGCCUCUUUUAACAACUGCGAUAAAUCCAGACAAAGUGAAUUCCUUUUCCUCGAGACGAUCAGUGGUUCAUUCUGCGAAGGGAAUCAUUGCGAGUUCACAACCGCUAGCUACAGCAUGUGGAUUGGAAAUACUCCGUAAAGGCGGCAACUGUGCCGAUGCUGCGGUCGCUGUAGCCGCUGGCCUAAGCCUCACCGAGCCUGGAAAUACUGGUCUCGGGGGUGACAUGUUUUGCCUCUUCUAUAAUGCCAAAACCAGGAGUGUUCACUCGCUGAAUGGCAGUGGCAGAGCAGGGGCGAUGAGUACUCUUGAGGCUAUCCGGAAGGAACUUGGGUUACUGGAUGGUCAGGUUGGAGAGAUUCCCCAACGGUCUGUUCAUGCUGUAACAGUUCCUGGAACGGCUGCUGGCUGGGUUGAUACCGUCAAGAAAUUUGGUAGUGGCAAAGUAAGGUUCGAGGAAAUCUUAGAGCCAGCCAUUAAACUUGGCGAAGAGGGUUUCCCGGUGAGUGAAUUUGCAGCAGCCUUAUGGAGAAAACAUGAAGACUUACUGAAGUGCGCUUCACCCAAUGGCUACGAGUUGCUUAAGAAAGAUCCCUUGGCAAAAGAUGGUUACCGAGCACCAUAUGAAGGAGAAAUCAUGACAAAUCCAACUUUGGCAAACACAUUCAGACAGCUUGCAAAGCACGGGAAAGCAGGCUUUUAUACAGGGCCUGUAGCACAGGAGCUGGUCAAGGUAGUUCGAAAUCUCGGCGGUUACCUCACACAUGAUGAUCUCAGGCAUCACAUGGAAACAGGCACCGAGGAAACAGAACCGAUCAAAUUCAAUAUCAAGGCACCUGAUGUCGUUGAAAUUCACGGACAGCAUAUGUCAGACAAAUCGAGAGAGGGCGUUGACGUCUGGGUGCAUCCACCAAACAGUCAGGGCAUCGUUUCUCUGAUGGCUCUUGGGAUUAUCGAAGAACUACAGAGGUCCGGAAGGGUCUCAAACUUCUCCUUGGAAGAACAUAAUUCUGCUCGGUAUCUUCACGUUUUAAUCGAAGCACUUCGAAUUGCUUUCUGUGACGCAGAAUAUGUGUCUGAUCCAAAUUCUUCCAAAGUACCUUUCCAAAACUUGCUCAAUUCGGAAUACCUUGCUCAGCGAGCAAAACUAUUCUCGUCAGAAAAAGCUGCCAACUUAUUUCCCCGCGGCAUACUAGCUCAUCACUCCAGUGAUACUGUCUAUUUCGCUGUCACUGACAGUGAUGGCAAUGGUAUAAGCUUCAUAAACAGUAAUUGUAACUACUUUGGCACAGGUAUUGUCCCAAAAGGGUGCGGAUUCUUGUUGCACAAUAGAGGAAUAUCGUUCAAGCUGCAGCCAUCAAACCAUCCAAACAUCUUAGCACCAAGGAAAAGACCAUAUCACACAAACAUUCCAGCUCUUGUGACUAACACAAGCGAUCAGAGUUUACAUUCUGUUUUUGGAAUUAUGGGUGGGUUCAUGCAGCCGCAAGGUCAAGUGCAAUUACUCUUGAAUCAACUCGUCUUCCAGUUUGAUCCGCAGGCUGCACUUGACUUGCCUCGCUUUUGCAUCGAAUAUUGUAAGAUGCCCAUCAAUGGCCGAUAUUACGACACAGUUUACCUUGAGGAUGGAUUCACUACAGAGACUGUUGAGGAACUUUUACGACUAGGUCACAAGGUGGAAGUACUGAAAGGGAAAUCAGAAGAUUUCUGUGGUAUGGGUCAAAUUAUUCGUUUCCAUGUGGACGCAAUCAGUGGCAAAACUGUUUGGAGCGCCGGAAGUGACCCAAGAGGGGAUGGUGCUGCUGUACCACUUAUAUAAAUUUUGAUUGUGGUAAAAAAUGAGAAGGGGAAAAAUAGGUAACAACAUUUGUCACUUCAUUUUUUCCCCAUUUCAUGCAAUGUUAUUUGCUCAAGGAGGAGUUAAGCGAUUAUUUUUGAUUCCUUUCUCCAUUUAUAGGGAUUCAUUGGGAAUAUUCAAUUUUGCUGAGAAGUGCAAUAUAGUUGCAAGAUCUCCGAAUACUCAUAAAGAGCAAAGACAAAUCAAUGCUCAAAGGAUAUGUGAUGAUGAACCUCUUGAGUUUACGUAAGGACAAGUGUUAAGAAAGCUUCUGAAAAGGGGGGGUCAUGGAGUAAAAAGUCUAAGAUAUUGCUGUAGUGCAGUGCUUUGCAGCCCAGAUAUUCAAGUCUAGCAGAAUGUCUUAAAAUUUGGAUUUUUUUUUUUUUUUUUUUUUUUUUUUUUUUUACAUAUUUUAUCCUCAAGCAAAAGAAGUGCAAUACACAUUACUUUCCUGCCUCACCGCAUAGUGACAAGCAUUGCCAUGAACUUUGCCCUACUGAAAAAAAAUCCAAAUUAAACAGCAGAAUUUCUGCUCUAAAGUUCCCCAGAAUUUUCUGUCUAUGCCCUUUCCUUCUACUUCUACAUGGCAACACUAUUGAGCUAGGGAAAAACGUCGUAUGAGCCUUCAGAAGUUCAGACAUUGCCAUAUUUCCUUCAAUAAAGCGCAUUAAGUGGGAAAAUUUUGAA